AUUGACGUGUUCUCAAUACUUCAUUCACUUAUACAAGACACACCCAAACCAUGUCUAAUGUCUCGCUAAAAACCGUGUCUGCGUGUCUUAUUCUCGACUCACACGGAUCUAGACUCUAUAGCAAGUACUACUCCAAGGAAGCAUACGCCACUCAAACACAACAACUUGAAUUCGAAGCUAAUGUAUUCAAAAAGGUUUACAAACAAAACCAAGACAUCAUAUUGUAUGACAACCAUUUGAUCACCUAUAAGCAAUCCAACGACGUUGUGUUGAUCCUUGUUGCCGCAUUGUCGGAAAAUGAAUCGUUGAUCUAUUCAUUAACCAGCAACUUGAUUGAUGCCUUGAAUAUCUUAUUGGACAAUACUUUAGAUGAAGUCACUAUUUUGGAAAAAUAUGAUUUAGUCAGUUUAUGUAUUGAUGAGACUAUUGAUGAUGGAAUUAUUUUGGAAAUUGAUCCAGCCAUCAUAGUUUCACGUGUAACAGACCCUCGUAACGCCAACAACAUUUCAUCUGAGAUGAGUUUGAACAAGAUUGAUUUGUCUGAAAAGGGGUUGUUCAAUGCAUUGUCAUUUGCAUCUAAGAAGAUUGGUGAAAGAUUACAACAAGGUUUAUAGGAUAGAUAGUUGUAUUUUAAAAUAUAUAUAAAUAAGAGAUAAA